AUGACUAGUACAACAACGAAAAAAUCAAAAUCUAUAGUUAAAACAACUACAAAUGAAAAUGAAACAAUGAAUAAUAAUUUUACUAUUCUCGACGAUGACAGUGACACACUCGAAUACUCUACCGAUAUAUUAAAUCAAUAUUUUCAAUCAGGUCAUUUAAAUGAAUAUGAUAACUAUGAUGAAAUAAUAAGCGAUGAACAAUUAUUGAAUGAUUAUUUUAACAUGAAUGAAGCAACAACACAAAUGGAUGAAAUAGUUCUUUCACAAACGUUCCAAGAUUCAUUAACGACUACUGAUGAUCAUAAUGAACAAGUACAAACAUUAGUAACAUCUAAUCAACCACAACAAUCUAGUUCUGAAUCAUGUACAAAUAUUAACACAAAGAAGAGAAAAACGACUGAUGACGAUGAUACUGAUAAUACAAAUAUGAACUUGAUGUUCGAAACAUGUUCAAUACCAUUCAAUCUAUUAAUAACAAACAAAUUAUUUAUUCAAAUGGUUAACAAUGUAAUAGAAUUAAAUAAAUUAAUGACUAUUAAUGAUAUUCAUGAUAUUGCAAUGUUAAUAUAUAAGAAAAAUGCUCUUCAAAUUGAUCGUGAUAUAACAAAAGCAUAUUUCCAUGCUGUUCAAGGUACAUUAAGAGAGCCUGAACUUGAACUAAAUCCAGUCAAACGAUCUGUUUUGCCUCGACAAGUUCAAUCAUUUAUGUUAGCUAAAAGUAAAACAACAACAACGUCGACAACAUCUUUCGAUGUUAAUGAUGAACAACAAAUAUUCAUUUGUAGUGAACUACUUAUUGAACGUGUAUUAGAAAUUAAAGAAAAGAUAAGUAUUUAUGAAGAAGAAUUGGAUGAUAAGAAAAAAUCUCUGGUUGAUUUUACAACACAAAUGGAGGAUUUAAUAUCAAGUUAUAUUCAACAAUAUUGUAUCAUACCACUUGAAAUGAAACGAAAAUUAAAAAUGACUUUACUUCAUUAUGAUUUUGAUACAGAACUAUUGAAACGACAAUAUUUACAAGAGAAACCAAAUGAUUAUCAACUUAAAAUUGCAAAAGCACUUUAUGAUUCGAAACGUGAAUUAGAAAAAUCAAAACGACAAUUAUUCGAAUUAAAAGAACAAGUCUUUUAUAAUAAAACUUUAUCAAUAUUCGAUGAUUCCUAUGAAAAACUUAUUCAACAGAAAAAGCUUGAUCUUAUGAUUAUUAAAAUUACAGAAGUCGAAACAAAAUUUUAUCAAAAUCAACAAGUUUUCGACAAUCAUAUGUCAACUAUGUGGAGAAAUCAUCGUGACUUAGUUCGAAACCAAGGAAUGACUACUACAUUAACAAAUAUCAUUGACAAAACUUUAGAUAAAAUUACAGAUCAAUGGCGAGCUAUUUAUAAUUAUCGAAUUGAUUAUUAUCUUCGAAAUUCUUAUGAUAAUACACAUGGUAAACAUAUGCAAAAAUUUGCAUUUUCAUCAUUCGUUAUUAUGGAUCAAAACUACAAAUUUACUGACAAACAAAUACAACUAUUAAAUCGAGGACCAACUUAUGUACCACCAUUUCAAUUAUCUAUUACUACUACAAUUAAAACACUUGAUGAUAAGAUUAAGAAGGAAUAUGAACCAUUGAAACAACAAUUAAGUCAUUUAUUUUCACAUUAUCAUAUUAAUAAAGCUUUAUCUAUGCAAAUAAAUACAAAAAUGUUUAAUGAAUUCAAAGAAAAUUUUUCUUUAACAAUACCAACAAUCUAUCAAGAACGUGCAAUAUAUGAACGAAACCUAGUUCAAUCAAUUCGAUCUUCAUUAAAUAACAAACAUCUUAUAUUACGAAGAACAGCCGACAAUUCAAAUACUUUCUAUAUUGGCAAUCGUAUUGAUUUUGAACUGAAAGCCAAUGACUAUUUACAACAUUCAGAUGCUAUUGAAUAUAUAACAGAUAUUGAAAGUAAUCCACAAUGGCGAAAUGAAUUUCAAGAAAUGAUUAAUUCAAUGAAUAAAUUAUUAGAUCAAUUGAAACAAAAUAAAUCAAUUGACAAUGAUAUCUACAAUCGUUUAGUGAUUAAUAUUAAUAAAGUACAAUUGGCAUCUUUAUAUUUUCUACCUGAUAUUUCUAAAGAAAAUGAAAUAUCAUUGGUACCUUACAUCAACACACAAAACAAUCCAACAACUCAAAUUGGUCUAUUUUUACAUCAAAUACUAUAUUCAUUUGUCGAUAAAAUUUUAAAAUCGACAACAUUUCGUGAUGAUAUUGAUUUUCUUCAAAAAUUAACUGGUUAUAUCAAAAAACAAUAUCGUCGUCUUCCAACACAAACAAUCUUUUGUACAAUUGAAAUAACAAAUUUUUCUACAUUAGAUAAUCAUAUGAAUAUGAUUGAUACUGUUAUUUCCUUCUUACAAAAUAAUAUGGGUACAAAUAAACUGAAAUGUAAUAUUUUAACAAUGAAGAAUCUUCUACAUAUUUAUUUAAAUAAUAAUAUCUUUUUAUAUAAGAAUAAAAUUUAUAAAAUGAGGAAAGGUAGUCCAAUGACGAUGCCAUUAUCAGAAACAUUAGCAAAUAUUUAUAUAUUCAAAUGGCAAAAUUUGAUAUUUGAUCAUUUACGUAAAUACAAUGAAUUUUAUGGAAGAUAUAAGAAUCAACUCUUUUUUACAUGGACUAAUGGAAAUGAAAGUGAACUUUCUAAUUUCUUACAAACCAUAAAAGAAAAACAAUCAAAUGUUCAUUUUCGAAAAUUAAUUGGUCCUAAUGUAGUAUUUUUAAAUACAUUUAUUGAAAAUCAACAAGGUCAAUUAUAUAGUCGUAUUGCACAUCAUCCAAUUCUUCCACAAUUUACAUUACCUUAUCUUGUUGGUCAUUCAAAAUUAGGUCAUAGUGAUUGGCUUCGUUGGACAUUAAUUCGAUCUGUUUGUUGUUGUUUAUUAAUUGAAGAUUUUCGUCGUGAACGUAUUUAUCUUGAAUUAUCAUAUCUUACAAAUGGAUAUUCAUUAUUAUUUGUUGAAACUCAUAUUCAAAAUUUUUUUGAAUACUUUCAUACAUCUCAUCUACGAUAUAUUAAUAAUCAAACACAAUACAAUGAAUUUCGUCAAAAAUGGUUAGAUUAUAUGUCUAUGCAAUAUGAAUUAACUGAUCAACUUCAACAAUUUGAUAAUCAAGAUCGUCUUAUUCGUUUCAAUUAUUUAUAUGAAUGGGGUCCAAGAUGUAACUUUAAUCAAAAAUUUCUUGAUUUAUGGUCCGAAUACUUUUGUCGUCAUCCAUUAUUAUCGAAAGAAAAAUUGAAAAUUUUAUUAACAACAAAACAUGAAUAUUCCUUAAAUACUUUACUAGGAGGACUAGAUUGA